AUGGCAGUGCCUCGAAAGCGGCGAUGCAGCUCGCUGGAGCUGGGCGAGGCAAUCUCGAAGAGACUUCGCCGUGCCAAUCAGCUGCUGCAAGCGGCCAUUGAGCCGCAGUCUGAAGCCGAAGCGGAGAAGCAAGGCGAGGUGCAGCCGGCAAAAUGGCCAGGUUGCGCCGCACGGCUCCUUACCCUGCGCGCAGUGUCAAGGACUGUGCUGCCCAGCGAGGAGCUGCCUCCCGGGAAAGCUGCAUGGGCUUUGAUGCAGCCGCUCCCACCAUGCCCAACCAGAUCUUUGAGAAGCCCGCCGCCAGGAACGUUGCAGUGGGACAUUCCCUACUCAAAGCGCGCUGCUUUUGCUUACGGCGAGGAUGCUCGCGAUAGUUGGCUCAGAGCUCGUCCUCGCUAUCUUGGCUACGCAGAGUACGCACGCUGGCUCUCAUGUGCAGUGCCAGAUGCCGAACUGCGGCCGCCCGUGCCCGAGAAGGAGGAGGAGCAAGCAUCAGGAUUGGAGCUAUUGCGACUCCUGGCUGCUCUGAAGAUUCCCAAGAAGAAGCGACGGGUGCCGCCCAUCACACUAGAGGAGGAGAAGCUGGCCGAUGAUGCCUUGUUUGGCCAAGGCGGCGCAGAUGAGGUCAUCGCCUCGCGCUUCAGCGUGGAGGUGACCCGAAGGCAGCUGGAAUGUCUGCGCCCGGGCGAAUGGUUGAAUGACGAAGUCAUUAACUUUUACUACAAGCUGCUGCAGGAGAGGAGCAAGACAGGCACGACAUCGCCAAAAUGUUGGUUCACCAACUCGUUCUUUUGGCCCAAGCUGAGCGGCAACAACAAGGAAUACAAUUAUAAGGAAGUGAGGAGAUGGACAAUCAAGGCAAAGAUAGACGUCUUCGAGAUGGACUACAUCAUUUUCCCAAUGAACAUUGCAGAGACACAUUGGGCUAUGGGGGCCAUAGACCUAAAGGAAAAGGGGUUUCGCUACUUUGACUCGAUGUUCAGCAAUCCACCCUCCAACUUCGUAGCUUUCCUGCGGCGAUACUUAGCUGACGAGCACAAGGCAAAGAAGAGCAAAGAUCUCCCAGGUGUGGAUGGCUGGAAGCUUCUCAUCCCCGAGCCUCCAGUGCCGCAGCAGCGCAACGGGUACGACUGCGGCGUUUUCACAUGCUUCUUUGCGGACUGCCUCUCUGCCGGAAAGCCGCUGGCAUUCGACCAGGAUGACAUGCCGAUCCUCCGGAAGAGGAUCGCUGCUCGAGUCAUGAAAGCAGAUGAGAAGUUUGACCCGAUCCUGUAG